GAGAGAGAGAGAUUGUUCAGUUUCCUUCCUUCCAUUUCUGGAGAAGCCUCCCCCUCUUUAACGCUCUCUCUCUCUCUCUCUCUUCUCGUUUUCAUCUAUCUAUAUAUAUAUAUAUGUGCUGUGUGGAUGAUUGUGUAUUUCGUUUCCGUGAAUUAGAGUUGAAGAAGAGUAUUAUUCUCCAAUGGCUGAUGCGUUAACCUACGUGAAGCUCACCGAGGGACAGGAUGCCUCGUUGCAGAACAUCAGCCCUGGCGAGCUCAAUCAACCCAUCGACGUCGCUGCGUUAACUUCUCGUAGAUGUGUAGAAUGUGGGCAAACACUCCCACCGUCCUACCAACCCCCUGCUGAUGAAGAUUGGUCAACUGGGAUUUUUGGAUGUGCUGAAGAUACUGACAGUUGUUGGACAGGACUGCUUUUGCCAUGUGUGUUGUUUGGACGUAAUGUUGAAACCUUGAGUGAUGAUUUCUCGCAGAGGGCUGCCUGUGUUGGUCAUGUCAUUUGUGUUGAAGGUGGUAUUACACUAGCUGCCUUGACAUCAGUCUUUAAUGGCAUUGAUCCACAGACAACAUGUCUCAUUUAUGAGGGUCUGUUUUUCGCUUGGUGGAUGUGUGGAAUCUAUACCAGCAUGGCUCGUCAAACAUUGCAAAGGAAAUAUCAUCUAAAGGAUUCGCCAUGUGACCCGUGCAUGGUACACUGCUGCUUGCAUUGGUGUGCCUUGUGUCAGGAGCACCGGGAGAUGAAGGGACGCCUAACCGACAACACUGCCCCGCAGGAAACCAUCACGAACCCUCCACCGGUGCAAGAGAUGAAUGCCGGUCAGGACAAGCAAUCUCCAUCUUCUCCUGCAGAAGGUGCUGGGCACACUGGCUUGGAGAUCCAACCUCUGUAGAAUGUAUUAUCAUCACUCUGUACAGAGCUCAAAGGAAAUUUUUCGUAUUUUUUCUCUUUUUGGUUGUGGGUAAGAAAUCUGAGAUCAGUCCUUGUAUGCCUGCCUCCAAUGGGUGAAAAUUAGGUUCUUACAGUUGACACUAUCCUUUUGUUGAACAGAUAUUUUCAAAUAUUAAGAUAUGAAUCAGCCAAUUAUGUUCUUUCUGUAUUUCUUUUCU